AUGACUUCUAAUAAAAAUUUAAUCAAAAAAGAUAAUGAGCAAGAUAUUUUUAAUCCAAAAACUAUCGAAUUUGAAUUUUUAGGCCCAAUUGGAGCAUUUUUAAUGGUUACAUUUCUUCCAAUUCUUUUAUAUAUUUUAUUUUUAGGUUGUCAACCUGAUGGUUGUCCCUCUCCUAUUCUUAUACAAUUUCUUAUCAAUCCCAAAAAUGUUACUUCAUUACUUACACUUAACAAUAUUUCAGCUUUAUUUGAUGGUAAAGCAUUUGUUGCAUAUAUAAUUUAUUUAAUAUACUUAGUUUUAGCAUUCCUUAUAAUACCAGGUCGUUGGAUUGAAGGAACACAACUUCGAGAUGGUACAAGAUUAAAAUAUAAAGAAAAUGGAUUUAAUUGUAUGUUAUUAACUUUAGUCAUAAUUGAAAUUACAUCUUUAAUAUAUGGAUCUGAACCACUUUUGUUUAUCAGUAAUCAUUUCAUUGGAUUGGUUACUGCUUCUAUAAUUGUUUCAUUUGUGGUGGCAUUUUAUGUAUAUUUUGAAUCUUUCCGUGAGGGUAAAUUAUUGGCACUUGGUGGAAAUUCCGGAAUUUUUAUUUAUGAUUUUAUGAUCGGUAGAGAAUUAAAUCCACGUAUUGGAUUUUUUGACUUCAAAUAUUUUGCAGAUCUUAGACCUGGUAUAACAACUUGGAUUAUUAUUAAUAUAGCUAUGACAGUUAAGCAAUAUCAUGAUUUGGGAUUUGUUACUAGUUCAAUGUAUUUAGUUUUAAUUUUCCAAGGAUGGUAUUGUAUUGAUUCAGUUUAUAAUGAAUCAGCAAUUUUAACAACUAUGGAUAUAAUAUCAGAUGGAUUUGGAUUCAUGUUAUCAUUUGGAAAUUUUAGCUGGGUUGGAUUUUUAUAUGCCCUUCAAGCCAGAUACCUUUCACUGCAUCCUGUUAAUCUUUCUUUAAAACAUCUUUUAUUAAUUAUUGGACUUCAAUUAAUUGGAUAUUUUAUAUUUCGAAGUGCUAAUAAUGAAAAAUCUAUUUUUAGAAAUGAUCCAGAAGAUUCAAGGGUUAAACGAUCUCGUCUGAUCAUUUCUGGAUGGUGGGGUAGAGCUAGACAUAUAAAUUAUUUGGGAGAUUGGAUUAUGGCAUGGGCAUGGUGUCUUCCUUGUGGUUUUGAUAAUAUAUUUCCAUACUUUUAUGUAAUAUAUUUUACAAUAUUACUUAUCCAUCGAGAAUUAAGAGAUGAAGAAAAGUGUCGAAAAAAAUAUAAAAAAGAUUGGGAUAUAUAUUGUAUUUAUUGA